AUGCUGCUUCUUGACUAUCAGAACGUGCUGAUCGAGUCGCUGCUCAAAGACCGUUUCUCCUCAGACUCAAGCCCCUCCUCAAUCGACCAAGUCGUCUCCGACUUUGACAAUGUCACCUUCCACAUCUCUACACCAAAUGUCAAGACUCAGAUCCUCAUCUCCAUCGCUGUAAAGUGCUUCCCAGAGCUGGUGACCUACGGUGCCCAAGCCGUUCUCGAGCGCGAAUAUGGCCCCUACAUUGUCGAUCCGGAGCAAGGCUAUGACUUCAGCAUUCAGGUGGACCUUGAGAACUUGCCUUCCGAACAAGAAGAGAAGGACGACUUGAUCAGACGAAUCAGCUUGCUGAAACGCAAUGCCAUGGCUGCACCCUUCGAGCAGGCUUUCGAUGAAUACGCUACGCUACAGGAACAGGCGAGCCACUUUACGAGCGAGACUGCACCACAGGGUGUUCAAGAAGGAGGCGAGGUGCGGGCUAUUCACUACAGAGAUCAGGAGGCUAUCUACAUCAAAGCUUCGCAUGAUCGCGUGACAGUGAUAUUCAGCACGAUUUUCACAGACGAGACGGACAGGAUCUUUGGCAAGGUGUUUUUGCAGGAGUUUGUGGAUGCGAGGCGGAGAGCAAUUCAGAAUGCGCCCCAGGUACUAUUCAGGAAUGACCCACCAUUGGAACUACAGGGACAAAAGGGAUUGCAGAGUGGGAAGGGAGAAGUCGGAUACAUCACAUUCGUCCUGUUUCCCCGCCAUCUCACACCGCAACGGCGAUACGAGGUCAUCUCCCACAUCCAGACGUUCCGUGACUACUUUCACUAUCACAUCAAGGCCAGCAAGGCAUACAUUCACAGCCGUAUGCGGAGGCGGACAGCCGACUUCCUUCAAGUACUACGGAGAGCUAGACCAGAGACCGAGGAGAAGGAGAGGAAGACUGCAAGUGGAAGGACAUUCAGAGUGCAGGGCUGA